AAAGCCCAUGAAUGUGUUGAAACUUUUCUCUCCUAGUUCAUACAGUUUGUUAAGUAUGUAGACUAGAAAAGUCUUCAAGUUCGGCAUAUGACCUGCGUGACUGUUUGACAGAAAACAUUUUUGUCUAGCCCGCUUGUGGUGAGCUCGAUAUAGUCACCUCUUUUGCUGGUUCAGUGUAUGUGUGUGUGUCCGUGCGUGCAUCUGAUUUUGUCCGGACCAUAACUUUGACAUGCAUGGACCAAUCUUGUUCAUAUUUGGCAUGAAUGUUUACCUCAGUGAGAAGGUGUGUCAUGCGCAAACCCCAUGUUCCUGUCUCAAAGGUCAAGGUCACAGUUGGAGGUCAAAUUGAAGUUUGUCCGGAGCAUUUCUUCUUCAUGCAUGGUGGGAUUUUGAUGUAACUUGGCAUGAAUGUUAACCAUUAUGAGACGGAGUGUCAUGCGCAAGAACCAGGUCCAGGUCCAAGGUCAAGGUCACACUUGACAGCUGGCGGGCUCGACAUUAUGCCCGUGGGCAUACUUGUAUAAAUAUUGCUGUUUUCAGAGGAUUUUAUAGUAGUAUUUGGCUGAAAUGAAAUGAUAAAUAGGUUGAGGAAUAUGGCUAUAGUGAAACGUAAGGGGUCAUUAUAACUGUUACAGUAGUUUGAUCUGAAAUGUAUUCAGUUUGAGUGGAUUUUGGCAAGUCUGGAUCACAUCUGCCCUGGAAAAAUCCAAAAGAGCUGCAUGUAUCAGAAAUCAAGGUACAGUACGUCCAAGAUGAAAAGUUCCAAUGGACACCCAUCACUGCAAUACUAGAGCAGCGUGUUCAUUGUAAAUUGACCACCCAGCUGGGUGUUUCCACCGCAAAUCGCGGCGAUCAGCGUGUCCGGAACACGGUGGACACUGACACGAUGGUUCUGGGUGUUCAUUCGCGGCGAUUCACCGUGUCCGUUUCGCAAAACAUAAACAAACAUACGUGCAUUUUCUUGUAUUUUUUUUAAGUAGUUAUUGUUGUUAUUCAGUAGUUCAAUAGAUUUUCGAGGGAAUAAUAAUAAUAGCACCACUGAUAAAAUUGUCUUUUAUAAAUAAGAUAUAGAAAACUUACGCAAAUAUCAAUUCGGAUGUACGUACGCAUCGAGUGAAGACUACGUACAUGUAUAUAGGGCAGUUUUAAGUUAACAUGUAUAAUUAGGCAUUAAGUGUUCACUCAAUGAGUUUGUGCAUUUAAUAUGUCAGAAUUAAUGUCUAGCUAAAUAAAUGCCUUUGUUUUGCUCGUUUGUUUGUUGUUUUUUUUUAAAUUUAUUUUUCAGGAAAAUAUCAAACACGAACGAGAUCUGUAACUAUAUUUCAGUUAUUUUCAUACUGCAUGUUGUUGAUGUCCAGUUUGUUUAAUUAUAGUUAAAUGUUGCAACAUUUUUACACAUUUUAAAUCUUAUGUUACAAUUUGCAUGAGAUUGUUUUUGUGAACACUAUGAUGCAAUAUUUUCAAGAAUGGCGCAGCCACAAGUGAAAAUGUAAAUUAUGGUGUUCACGAGUGAAAUAUAUUUCGAUUUUACACUGAAACAAACAAAUUUUCUAUUUAUUUUAUGCAUUUUUAAUGGCAUAAAUUAAAGGAAAGUAUUUGUAAGAUUAUCUGGCCUAUGAGUAUCAUUUAGAUUUCAUUUCUUUCUAGAUUGCCAUUGACGAAACUUACGACGUUCAGUGGGGGAACAAGGGCCAGGUAGAUGUCGCUGUUAUAAUCGCAUCUGGUUCAGAGAAGGACAUGCGGGCCCGUAUGACCAAAGAGCAGAGUUCAGGGAAACAAAGGAGCAAGCCGCAAAAGAGGAAAGCAACGGAAUCAAUCAAAACUCCCAGUGGUAAACCGGCAGCUAAAGUACUUGAUGCAUGUUCUCCUCCAGGCUAUUACCCAUCGACGACCGUGCAGGUGACCAGAAACAGCAUCACCGUAACCACAACGACGUCUGCCCACAGUACGACAGUGACGUCUGUGUCAACUGCUCCAGUGCCGGCAGCUACACCUGCCCAUGAAGCUGCCAACAGACUUGCGCCAGAGCCCAUAGAUCCACUACCGUCUGUGCCCGUGACUGUGCUUACCGGAAACAGCAUCACCACGAUGACGGCCGCCAACAGUUCAUCGGUGACGUCUGUGUCAUCUACUCCAGUGCUGACAGCUACACCUGCCCAUGAUGCACUCACACCAUCCACACCGUCGCGACCAGAGUUUAGUUUUCGAUCAGUACGACCAACCUCGGGUAACCAGUUGCUUACUUACCUUCAGGGCAUAGACGCCGCCCAAGGAUCGCUUAUGAAAGAAGUUGAAAAGUUGAAGAAACAGGGCGAGGCGACAUCCAGGAAAUACAACGAAAUUAUAGACAAUCAGAGGGCAAUCAGGGAAUUACUGGAGAGAUAAGUUGCCCAGGGAUCGGUUCCUUCCGGAACAACCGAGACUGCAGAAGCAGCACAAGACCUUCGGUCUGAUGGCAUACCAGACCACUACACGAUCGACGAGGGGGUACUGCGGCAAAUGGUUGCCGAUUCACACUGCCCGGGAAACUUUGCUGGAAAACUUGUGCUUAGGUUCUUUCCGGAACUCUUCGGAAUCGGGAAUUUAAGGUUCCAAUAUAAUUGGUACGGUGGCGGAAAGCUUCAGAAAAGUGAACUGUGUCCUGUUAGGAAGUGUGCUAUAAAGAAGUAUGUAACGUACUAUUACCCAGAUGUAUCUUCAGAAAUAGUGUGGAAGGAACGCAUUGUUCCCAAAAUCAAUGAACUCUUGAGACGACAGACCCGCAAUCAGCGAAAGGAGAGGCAGAGGGCCGAGUCCGAGGUUGAGGCUGAAAAUGACCAGGCGCCGUUGACAGACUUGUCACUGGGUACAUUUAUGAACUUCUUAAACAUGGAUUGAGAUGGGGACGCACCCCUCGGUCAUGAACCGUGAGGCUAUAUGUCUUUUUUCAGUGUAGGCACUGUAGAUACGUGUUUUAUUUGUUUUAUGUUUCAUGUUCAUGCCCUUGUUAUUUUGUUCACAUGUAUUGAUAUUUGUGUCUAUGUGUUUAUUUGUCUGCAUCUUUUUAUGUUUUUUAUUUGUCUCCGUUUGUAAAUAUAUGUAUAUUGCUGUAUAUAAUGUUAUUUGGUUAUGACUCAUGAGUGUAUUCGCCUCAAAUUUGUGUAAGCAUUGAUAAGUGUUUUACUUUUUUUCUUCAUUUUCCUGUUAUUUUGUCUACAUGUGUAAGCGUCUUAUGUAUAAUUGUGUGCUUGUUAUUAUGUCUUUGUCUCAUUAUGUAAAUGUAUGUAUAUUGCUGUAUAAUGUUAUUCUUAAUAGAUGA